CUGGAGGACCUGCUUCCCCACCAUAGCCCUUGUGCUUUGAGGAAUUAAGUCAUUUCUGGAGGACAGAGGUGUAGACCAUGUUCCUGCUUUCAUCCCUUCCUGCCCUUCUGUGUAUGCUGAUAGCAUCCAGCUCAGAAACAAAAAUCUCCGAGGAGGCCCUGAAGACCUGCUCAGCGAUUACCUGUGCCAUCCCAGGCAGAGAUGGGCGAGACGGACCCAAGGGAGAAAAGGGCGAACCAGGGCAGGGGCUCAGAGGCCUGCAGGGCCCUCCGGGGAAAAUGGGGCCCCCAGGAAACACCGGGGCUCCUGGGACCCCAGGACUAAAGGGCUCCAAAGGAGACCGCGGAUACAGCUCAGCUGUGGAGAUCAAGCUGGCUAACCUGGAGACGGAGAUGAGGAAGCUGAAAUCAGAACUGGACCACACCAAAAAGUUGCAAGCCUUCUCCUUGGGCAAAGCCUCUGGGAAGAAGUUCUACGUGACCAACGGUGAAAGAAUGCCUUUUUCCAAAGUGAAGGCCCUGUGCGCUGAGCUCCAGGGCACUGUGGCCACCCCGAAGAACGCUGAGGAGAAUAAAGCCAUCCAGGAUGUGGCCAGUAGCACCGCCUUCCUGGGCAUCACGGAUGAAGUGACUGAGGGCCAGUUUAUGUAUGUGACAGGAGGGAGGCUCACCUACAGCAACUGGAAGAGGAAUGAGCCCAACAACCACGACUCAGCGGAGGACUGUGUGACCAUCCUGGAGGACGGGCUCUGGAACGACAUAUCCUGCUCAGCCUCCUUCCUGGCCGUCUGUGAAUUCCCGGCCUAAGGAGGCAGACCCCCUCCUCAGCCUUUCACUGAGCUCUCUGCUACUCCCAAAGAGAAUUAAUUUCCCCACACACGCA